UGUGGGAAAGCUUUUACCAGACCUGAAUGUUUUAAACAACAUGAAAGAAUUCGAAGUGGAGAUAAACCAUAUGUAUGUAAACAAUGUGGGAAAGCUUUUAACACACGUACAAAUUGUAAGGUUCAUGAAAGAAUUCACACUGGAGAGAAACCCUAUGUAUGUAAGCAAUGUGGGAAAGCUUUUAAAACACAGGGAGAUUGUAAGAAUCAUGAAAGUAUUCACACUGGAGAGAAACCGUAUGUAUGUAAGCAAUGUGGGAAAGCUUUUACCAGACCUGGACGUUGUAAGGGACAUGAAAGAAUUCACACUGGAGAGAAACCAUAUGUAUGUAAGCAAUGUGGGAAAGCUUUUAACACAAGGGGAUACUGUAAGAAACAUGAAAGAAUUCACACUGGAGAGAAACCCUAUGCAUGUACGCAAUGUGGGAAAGCUUUUAACACACGUACAAAUUGUAAGGUUCAUGAAAGAAUUCACACUGGAGAGAAACCAUAUGUGUGUAAGCAAUGUGGGAAAGCUUUUAAAACACAGGGAAAUUGUAAGAAUCAUGAAAGAAUUCACACUGGAGAGAAACUGUAUGUAUGUAAGCAAUGUGGGAAAGCUUUUACCAGACCUGGACGUUGUAAGGAACAUGAAAGAAUUCACACUGGAGAGAAACCAUAUGUAUGUAAGCAAUGUGGGAAAGCUUUUAACACACGUGUAAAUUGUAAUGUUCAUGAAAUAAUUCACACUGGAGUGAAACCAUAUGUAUGUAAGCAAUGUGGGAAAGCUUUUAAAACAAGGGGAUACUGUAAGAAACAUGAAAGAAUUCACACUGGAGAGAAACCCUAUGUAUGUAAGCAAUGUGGGAAAGCUUUUAACACAAGUACAAAUUGUAAGGUUCAUGAAAGAAUUCACACUGGAGAGAAAUCAUAUGUGUGUAAGCAAUGUGGGAAAGCU